UGUCUGGUGCUCUGCAGGACUUCUGGAGGUGCUGGGGGGGCCAGCCCACUGCCAGGACACCUACCAGGGCUGGAUCUCCCUCUACUGCUGGGCCCCUUUCCAUGCCACCUUCAUGGCCAUCCCCAAGGGAAGUCACUGCCACUGGGAGCAGAUCAGCAGCACCUACAGCGAGCUCUCCAGCUGCACCGAGCUGCUGGCCCAGCUGCUCUCCUGCCCUGGUCUGGGGCCAUCCUCUGUACCUUCUUCCUGCGGGUCCAUGCUGAAUACUUCACCAGCUGCACAGAAGCCAGGCUCCCUGAACUGGGCAGUUGGCUGCCCACUGUGGCUGUGGCCUUGGGGCUUAGCUGCCUCGUUCCCCUUGCAGCUGCCCUGGAACUCAGCAGAGCCUGGAAAGGGGCUCAAAUCCCAGGGAGAAGCUGCCCAUCUCCUGCGUUCCUCCAUGUCUGUGAGGGACCAGCGACAGCCCACUUCCCUCCCAGUCCUGGCAACUAAUGAGUGGGAGGAGAGGACUGAGGGUGAGGGUGACAGGGCAGAGCAUGGAUGGGGAGUUUGGGAUUCCCUGGGGUUGGAGUGGGUCCCAUGGCACAAGGAGAGGCUGGGCACAGGGCUCCAGAUGCCUGCAUUUGCCUGGGAGGAACACUGGGAAAAAAGUCCCAGGCAAAUGACCCUGCACGGGCCAAGCCCCUUCCUCAACACCCCGGGUGGAGGCUGGCAGGGAGUGCCGGGGAUGCCAGGCUGGGUGGGGAGCCCAGGCCCUUGGCAGGCAGCCACUGUCCUGUCCCUGCCCAUCCCCUCCGGACGCCCCACUCCGUCCCAACCCUGGGGCCGCUCUGAGAUCAUUGGGUGUCUCCUUGGCAGAGGCUCCUGCCACCCGGCUGGAGGCUCCGCCGGCUCCACCAGAAAGAGGGACCAGGGGCUCCAGCCCUGCAGCCACUGGAGUGCUGGGGAUGACUUCCAGAUGUGGCCACUCGCCUGCAGAAGGUGGCUGCUGCAGGCCGGGAAGCAUCAGACAGCUCUGCCAGGACCUUUGCUGGGGAGCUGAAGCCCAGUGCGGUCCACAGCAGGGAGGGUUCCUCUGAGCUGGCCGUGAUUGCACUCCAGUCCCUGCUCUGCGUGUCUGCAGGCAGCUGUUAAAGGGGAGGCUUUGGGCUGCGCUCUGCCCCGGCCAGGCGUGAAAGGACGACCUCACCCAGCCUCAGCCAGGUCCUGUGUGGGAAUGCCGCAGACCCGCGGGCUGAAGUCACCCUCAGUGGGGGGGACAUGGGCCCCUGGGCAGGAACUGCUCCAGGAACGGGGGCUCUGGCAGAGUCAAGCAGGCGCCAGGCUGGACGGUGCAGGCGGAAGGCACUGGGGCCAAGGACUGGCAGAGUCGGCCAAGUGUCUGCCCUCUCCCCACCUCCUCGGCCUCGUGCCUGGGGGUAGGUUGUGUCAUCAACCUUCCCUCCUUGGCCGCGGGUAGGAGCUGGGGCUGCCCCGGCAGUGCUGCCUGUGGGGCAGGUGCCCGGGUGAACCAGAAACUGCGGUUUUGGGGCCGUGGGUCCCCCUGCCGCCCCCAUUCCCGGGCGGCAGCGCCCGUCCGGGGACAUUAUGCUUUCCCGUCCACUCCCCCCGCUGCUGGGCUGCCUGCCCUCCACGCAGGAGACGAGGGAUUUCACAACCCAGCCCAGACAGGAUUAAAGAGAAAUACACAAGUAAACAAAUCGCGGCCUCGUAACGCUGGACGUGCCGUGCAGGGAGUGGAUCCUCCAGGCCGGUGGUCAAACUGCCCCUGUCAGAGGAAAGGAGUUGCUUCCUGUUAUUUCCAUUGAAAUCCUUGUCCCGGUCGUUAGCCGGCAGGCUUUGGCAGGAUGGCACCGCGCGCGCACAUGAGCUCCGGCCGUCUCUCCCAAGGGCUCCUGCUGCUCUGGGUGCUCCUGGGGACUGGCCUUUGUCACACGGACGCCGUGACAACGAGCUUCGGCCAGAAUGCUGGGACAAGCCCACCCACAGCCAUGUCCAAUGGGACAGCCCAGCCCAUGGAGAGGAAUUACACCUACAUCACACAGAAGUGCUGGGAUUACUUCGUCGACCUGAUGAGGAAUGUGACGACGGCAGAGUUGUGCGAGUGGAAAGUCAUCAGCAGGCCCUACAGCGAGCUGCAGAACUGCCUGGAGUCCUGGGCCGACCACCUGAACUACAGCUACCCCAACGCACUGGCAGAGCAGUACAUCUUCCAGAGCCAUCAUCUCUACUUCCACAACUGCACCCUGGAGCACCCAGUGUACUUCGACCCGCCCGAAGAUGUGCUCCUGGCCAUGAUCAUCGCACCCAUCUGCCUCAUCCCAUUCCUCGUCACCCUGGUCAUCUGGCGCAGCAAGGACGGCAAGGCACAGGCCUAAAGCUGCCGUCCCGUCCCGCGUCGGGGCACGGACCCCCGGCUGCGGGGCUGCCCGACCACCCGAAGCGCCCGGUGGGCUCUCGGGGCCACCAACCCGCGCUGCUGAGGCGGCCGGUUCCCUCUGCGCCUUCCCCCGCCCCGCGGCCCGGGAUUAAACGCUUCUCCCCCCA